AUGAGUGAGUCAGCUCAAGGCCCCAGCCCAAAAGCCAUUCUCAACCCUCUCCAGAUGUUGCUCCUGGACCUCCAGCGCAGUUCCCCCAUCUCUACUCGGGGCCUGGUCAGCAGCCGCUUUCUCCCCAUCCACGCCCAUCCCCUCCUCAGCCGCCUGCCGUGGAGCAAACAUCUGGCCCCACCAUUUUACCUGCUCCACUCCACUAACCCUUACUCAACCCUAGCUUUAACGGCAGACUUCAAGAAGGCAUGGCUGCCCCUUUCGUCUGUGUCCCCGCUGUGCAAGUUCAAGCUGUCGCUUACCAAGGAGCCCGGACUGAUGUUUGAGUCUCCAAUACCAGCCUGCCACAGCCAGCAAAAGACUCCCACAACCCUGUCGUUACGGCUCAGGUUCUGGGACGUAAUUCUGUCCCGGAAGCGCAUCCUGGAGUUCCAGUGUCCUUACAGUCGUCCUCUGCCCGGGACGGCGGCGGCCGAUGGUCCUCCCGUCCCUCCGGACAGCCCUGCAGCCAGCCUCCCUCCUCCCACGCCUCGCCCUCGUCAUGCCAAGCCAGACCUCCCCCGGGAGGUGUUGGGACUACGUGCCGUUGCGGCUCAAGGCGAGCGUUUAUUCCACUGGGAAAUUCUUCAGUCUGACUGGUUUCAUGUCAAGUGA